AUGUCGGACGAUGAACAACUUUUUGAAGAUUUAUAUGGAGAUGACGAAGUAGUUGAAAAGAAAGAAGAAGAAACCGUAAAAGAACAAGAAGAACAAAAAGAAGAGGAACCAAAAGUAGAAGUUCAACAAGAAGAACCUAAAGAGAAAGUAGAGACCAAACAAGAAGAAUCUAUUGAACAACAAUCUGUCCAACAAGAAGAUUCUACAGCUCCUCCUCCACCCCCACCACCUCAAGCUGCUGAUGCAAAUAAUCAACAAUAUGGUGUCCCACCACCUCAAAUGCCAUUUGAUCCUUCACAAUAUCAACAAAUGAUGGCUUCUGCUCAACAAGGAGGUUCUUUUCCUCCGCCUCCACCGCCUGCUGCUGCUGUUGUUGCCGCUGCUCCACCUCCACCUCCAGCAUCGUCGGCACCAGCUGCAUCAUCUGCAAAAACUUUCUUGGGAGGACUUGAUUGGCAAACAACCGAAGAAAAACUUGUUGAACAUUUCUCAAAGUAUGGUGAAAUUGUUGAUUAUACAAUUAUGAAAGAUAAUGCCACUGGUAGAUCACGUGGAUUUGGGUUUUUGACAUUCAAGGACCCAGCAUCGGUUGAUGCUCUUCUUAAAGAUAGACAUAUAUUGGACGGUAAAUUGAUCGAUCCUAAAAGAGCAAUCUCAAAAGAAGAUCAAGAGAAAGUUGGUAAGAUUUUCAUUGGUGGUAUUGAUCCAAUGGUUACAGAACAAGAAUUUGAUGAAUUUUUCUCUCAAUUUGGUAAAAUUAUUGAUUGUCAGUUGAUGAUUGAUAAAGAUACCGGUAGAUCAAGAGGGUUUGGUUUUAUUACUUAUGAUUCUCCAGCUGCAGUUGAUAGAGUUUGUGUUAAUAAAUACUUGACUUUAAAAGGUAAAGCAAUGGAAGUUAAACGUGCAGCUCCAAGAGGCCAGCAUAACCAACAAGUUGCCGCCCAACAAGCGGCCGCUCAUCAAGCACAAGCACAAGCUGCUGCAGCCGCUGCGGGACAAGGUGUACCAAUGUAUCCAUAUGGUGCUCCUGGUGCUGGUGUUCCUGGAGCAGCUGCCGGUGCUGUCCCACCAACAGCUGGAUACCCAAUGAUGAAUCCAGCUACUAUGAAUCAAGAUUAUAUGAGAUAUUAUCAAUGGUAUAUGUAUCAACAAGCAGCACAAGCUGCUCAAGGUGGUGCAGCUGCUGGGGGAAGUACUUCACCAGAUGGUGGUGCUGGAAAUAUGCCAGUUCCGUUAAACCCCCAACAACAAGCUGCUGAUGAUGAUCAAGAAAAACCACCAGAAAGACCAAAUAUUCCAACUGGUCCAAAGAGAGCUCCACCACUGGGACCAUCUUAUAGAGGUAGAGGUAGAGGUGGAUACAGAAGAGGAAGAGGUGGUUACCAUCCUUAUAGUAGAGGAGGUGGUCGCAGAUAUUGA